GAGUACCAAUCGUUUCCAAUAUUAUUUAUAAACAGGUUAGCAUCGUUUUGAUUCUCAACCGUAAACAAUGGAAGCCCUGGAACAAAUGCCAAAAAGUGAUACAAUAAAAUUACGGAAAAGACAUAUUGGGGAAUCAUGUGAACUCUUUUUCCGUGCGAACCCUCUUAAAAUUACGAGAGGCAAGGGGCAGUUCAUGUAUGAUGAGAAAGGGGAGAAAUAUUUGGAUUGUCUGAAUAACGUGGCUCAUGUUGGACAUUGCGAUGACACAGUAGUCAGGAAAUCGGCAGAGCAAAUGUCAAUUUUGAACACUAACAACAGAUUUCUGCAUGACAAUCUUGUACUCUGCGCUGAGAGGCUAUCGAACACUUUCCCCGAGCAUUUGUCAGUUUGCUUUUUCACAAAUUCUGGAUCUGAAGCAAAUGAUCUGGCCCUACGUAUAGCCCGGGCAUACACAAAACAACAGGAUAUCAUAUGCUUAGAAUAUGCAUAUCAUGGACAUUUAAGCUCAUUGAUUGAUAUUUCUCCGUAUAAAUUUAAAGCAGGGCAAUUCCCAAAAAAAGAAUGGGUCCAUGUGGCGCCGAUUCCUGAUGCUUACAGGGGAAAAUAUUGUAACGAAAGUAUUGAAACAAUGGGUGGAAAAUAUGCCCAGGAUGUAGCUGACAUAAUUAAAAACGCCGAAAAUUCUGGCAGGAAGAUUGCGGCAUUUAUUGCUGAGUCGGCACCCAGUUGCGCUGGACAGAUCAUCCUUCCGCCCAACUACCUGAAAAACGUGUACAAACAAGUACAUGCUGCCGGUGGGGUUUGCAUAGCUGAUGAAGUCCAAGUCGGAUUCGGAAGAGUCGGCACAAAUUAUUGGGCAUUUCAGGCGCAAGGGGUUGUACCUGAUAUUGUCACAGUUGGCAAAUCUAUGGGCAAUGGGCAUCCUGUCGCUGCUGUUAUCACAACAGAUGAAAUAGCUAAAAAAAUCGACAUAGAAUAUUUCAACACAUUUGGAGGAAAUCCUGUCUCUUGUGCAGCAUCUCUUGCUGUCAUGGAAGUCGUCGAGAGAGACAAUUUAAUGCGAAAUGCUUACGAAGUUGGCAAAUACGUGCUUGCUGGUUUGACAAAACUCAAAGAAAAACACUCUAUAAUUGGAGAUGUGAGAGGCCAUGGUUUAUUUAUUGGUAUCGAGUUGGUAUCUAAUAGAGUUACAAAGGAGCCAGCAACUGAAAAAGCAAGACUUGUGGUCACCAGGUUGAGAGAACUACGCAUCCUGCUAAGCACUGAUGGCCCCUAUCGCAAUGUGCUCAAGUUCAAGCCACCCAUGGUAUUUACAAAGGGAGAUGGCGAUCACUUAAUAUCUACGUUGGACAAAGCGCUUUCUGAAAUCAACAGCUAAAAUUAUAAAUUGCUUAAACAUCCAAAAAUUUCUAGUUUUAACAUUACAUUUUUUUAAAUUUCACUUUGCUGUACUUUUCGCAUAUUGCGAUUUAAUUAUUCAGAAAGUGGUGACAUAAAUAUAAACAGUGGAUUUACCUGACAUCAAAACAUUUAUUGAAUAGUACAAACUGGUUUGACAACAAUAACAUGAACACAUAAACAUGUUUUAAAAGACAUGGUACAAUUUCUUCGAUGAAUUCCUACUAAAAUUUGGUUAUUUAAAAAACACUGGAAUGGUCAUACUUUGAAUUAAACAUUACUAGUUUAUUAAAUAACACUUUAAAUGAGUUUUUAUUUUAAACAUUGAAAUAUGAAUAAUGUUAUAAGUAGGAAUCUGGUUCGUUUCACUUUCAUUGAAAUAAAUAUUAAAAAAAAGUUUAUUUUCAGACUUACUAUAACCUGUGAGUCCUCUUUGAUCAGCCUUUCCUACUCACAGAGUAACGACAUAUAAGAAAUAUUUUUAAUGUUUACUAACACGCAUUAAUUUUCAGAUAAAUUGCACCUACUACACUUUAGAUAUAUUUUUUUUUAUGUUAAUAAACCCAUAAAUUGAUAUGUAUUUUUUUCAAAAAUGCAAUACUGUAAUAUAUUUUUACUAUUAGAAUAAUGAUUAGAGUAAAUGUACAUAUUAUUAGAUUUUUUUUUCAUUUAAAACAAAAAUUGUUUUACUUUAACACAAUAAAUUAUCAAGGGUAAAUACACUAAUCUAAGCAUUUAUCUUUUUUUUUUUUAAUAUUCUAUGUAUGAUACUUGUUAGUUAAGGGAAUAAUUCACACCAAAGGCAAUCAUAAUUUCUGAGCAAUUGUCAAAGCAUUACAGUGCGGGAUUUUUAUUUUUAUUUUGUUACAUCAAUUUUCUCCAUACGAAUUUGUUUAUCAUUAAAUUUAUGGGCAGUUUUCCACAUUGGACAAGAAAUACUGUGUGGGCCUCACUACAGAGUGAGAGUUACUUCUAACUAUAACUUUUUUUUUAAACAUUUCUAUUUUCAAAGUUGAAAAUCUUGCGUUCAGCAAAAAAAA